UCCAUUAGGGGGAUACUGAGUUGUCCCUGAUUCACCAAGCAACUUACCUAUACUGAUACGAAUGUGCGCCACACAUCCAAUGCUGCAGCGGAUCAUGGUCGGACCGAGCGGUACUGCGGGGCUGUCUGCGAAAUGUCAGUGAACAGACAGUAGGAAAGCAGGAAAGGGUAUUGUCAUACAGUGCAGUGUGUGCUUGGCUGGCUCGAGACCAAGUUUUGACAGUUAUCUACCGCUAACAUACAUUCGGAUUUAUUGAUUAUUUAUUAGCGGAGCAGAACACAAAGUGCAAAUGUCUCCUUUUUGGGAGGAAAUCAUUUUCAAGCUGGUCAGCGGAAUUGGCGUUUGUUAUCAGAAGACGUACCAUACUAACGGGGUGUCUUAUCAGCGGUGAUAUCACCAUAAUCAGUUUUGAUUGGCGUUCUGUCGAGUGGCGGAAUGAGAAAUUCCGGUUCAAAUGUUGAUAUUUUUUUACAGCGCUUAAGAUAGCUGGAAGAGCCGCAGUGAAAUACCUAGUGAGUGAGUGAUUUUGUUGUGGAAUAGAGUGCAGAAUAUCAAAAACAAAUCUUGACGUAGUUAAAUGAAUCUUGUUACGGUGACACAGCAUACUAGUGAAUAAAUGAGCAGAAACAUGAAACGACAGCUGGAGAAGUUCAAGGAGGAGAUCAAAUCUAAUUUAACAAGGUCUAGUAAAGCGGAGAAGAAUGCGGACGGUUUACAGGAAGUGGAACGCGAGGUCGACCGGUACAAGGACAUUCUGCAGAAUUUAAAUAAGCGGAUAGCGAGCACGGUUUCGGCCGGACAACCGCAGGAUGUCGCAGCCAAGGAGAAACGGGUACGCAAAGUGGCUGAAUUCCAACUCGGCCAGCUGAUGGAGGAUUCUGUUAAAGACUUACCUGCAGGACUACUGCGCGAUGUGUUGGACAGAUGCGCGCGUCUGGAAAAGACAGUCGCCUCGGAAAUAAUCAACAACGAGAUGAAUGUGGAGAACUCGGUUAGUAAAAACCUGAACGACAUCAUCGAGCGGCAUCUUGCCACCAUCCAGAAGCAGAAGCGAGUUGUUGGGAAGUGCUCGCAGGAGUACGAGGCGGCCAAGCAGAAGUAUGAUACGGCUCAGCGAAGUAGUGAUCAGCUCGGUAAUCAGACCAAGCUAACCCAGCUAAAGGGUGACCAGGAGGAUUUGCACAGCAAACUGGAAAAGGAAAGGGAUCUGUACGAAUCGUACAUGUACGAACUGCUGGCAGAGGAAGAGAACAUCGCGAACUACGUCAAGGAGUACGUGAAACACCAGGAAUUGUACUAUACCUCGGCUCUGCGAGAAAUCCAGAGCACCAUCACCAGUAUGGAUGGGUUAUUUCGGCGGAACAACAAACAAAUCUUCCAUACGCCCCUACGGGAACAUUUGAAGGCAACAGAUCGCAAGAUCGCCUUUGUCAUCGAGCUGUGCGUUUGUUGUCUGUUGGAGAAAGGUCUUUACGAGGAAGGUCUUCUGAGGGUUGGUUGCGCAUCUUCCAAACUGCGACGGAUGAUUUCCGCCAUCAAUGCUAACUACGUGACGCCUCCGCUGGCGGAUAAGUACGCCGAUCCGCACGUGACGGCCAGUGUGCUCAAAAAAUACCUGCGCAGCCUGCCCGAUCCGCUGUUGACGUUCGAGUUCUAUCAGGACUUUGUGAUCGCCGCGCAGAAACCGAACGAAACGCAACGAAAGGCGGCAAUCCUAAACAUCAUAAACCAGCUCCCGAAGGAGAACUACGAUAAUCUGCGAUACCUCACCAAGUUCCUGUCAUAUCUUUCGGAGAAAAAUCAGGAGAACAAGAUGUCUCCGCAGAAUAUUGCGAUUGUGAUGUCACCUAACUUGCUGUGGUCCCCGAACGAGAACGAAAACUAUAUCGAUCAAGUUAACAGUACGGCAACGGUUAACACGAUCGUUGAGGCGUUAAUCACUGACUGGGGGUUCUUCUUCGAUGGGGAUGUAAAUUUUUAUGUUAGUAUGAGUAGAGAUGCUCUGUUUCCGGACAAUGGAGGAUUCCCGGUGGAUAAAGAUCACCCUGUGAGGGCACCCAACUAUGAUUACAUGUCAAGAUCGAUGAUAGAUACUACUCAGGAUGAGAUACGGUAUAUCAACAGUGGGGGAGGAGGAAGCAGCGGGGGUGGAGGAUCAAGUGGAAACAAUUCGCAGAAACCUUCGACGUCACAUUCCCGCAGCAGCAGUCACGAUACUAGUCUAAUUCUAAUCAGCAGCAAUGAUCAGCUCAACAAGCACCGAAGUCAGUCGAACAGUUCCCUUUCGGAUCAUUCCAGUCCGCCACACGAUAGCAGUCCCAAGCCUACGGUUCGAAGAAAGCACAACAAGCAAGCGGCCCCCACUCCGCCUGAUAGUCAUCACAAAAGUUCGGCCACCGCUAGCAGUAAUCAAAACUCACGAGAGCACAACUCGUCCAAGACGCAAUCUAACGCGGCUACUUAUUUCAAGCAAUUAAACAACAAUAAUAGCAACAGUAAUAGCAGCAGCAGCAACAACAACGGACUAGGGCGCGGGCGUAAUGACGAUGGUUUCCAAUCGUUACAGCAUCACGCGUACAAACAGGCCCAAAAGGAUUAUGCAAGCGAUCGACAACCGAUGAUGGCGCGUGCCGAAAGCCACGACGAUCUGCUGAAGCUCAAGUCUGGUUCCGUGGCAGACAAAAUUCCUCCACCACGACCGGCUGCAGUCAGUAUCGGCGAAACGCAAACGCUGAACCGCGUCAAAGGAAUGCACGACCUGCACUACCAAAACAGCAAAUUACCAAAUGCUCCCAAUUGUGAUAGUACUAGCAGUAUAGGUAAUAAGGAAAAUAAGGAAAACCACAAUCGACAAGUGUGUCCACUUCCGGUCAAACCGGUGGCACUGCCGAGAACAACGCUAGUGACAGCAAAGACACCAACGGGACCCGGACCGAACGGACACAGUACCGAUGACGACAGUGGUUUCAUGUCGACAACGGUAGUUCGCGAAAAACCGGUUAUCCCGGAACGGCCUGCUAUUCUGCUGAGGCCUCAAAGUUUUAAAGGUUCUAUUCCGGAGAUAUCCAAAGUUAGUGAGGGCACUAAUACAAUGAUUAGUUCUACCAACUCGUUGAAAAAGGCACAAAGUUUCCGCGGGGAAACGAGUAGCGGGGUAGGCAAAGAAACCGGUUCGACUAUACUGGAGCGGACACAAAUGUACAACAUCGACAAGCAGCAGGUUGCGAUCAUUGAUGUUGCGGAUAAGCACUCUUCGGGAGAGGAGAAAGCGAAAAAAGACAAACCCGUUUCAGCCGGCCUGGCGCCGGUUGUGAUUGUUCCGGAGGGUAUUCCUCCUUUAGCGAUGAUGGAAUCGACGGGAUCGCUGGGAAGUGAUUUUCAAUCGCCCACCAAUUCGGCGAGUCCCGGGGAGGCAAUAGGUGAAGUAGGAGGCGAUGCAACAGUAGUGAGUAAUAAUGCAGCGUAUGUGCCCAGUUCUGCUGCCACUGCUGCUGGUACAACUACUAGUCUUCAGCACGUGCCCCAAUCGCCACGUGGCUUCGAUCAGGCCAAAAUUAAGCGGCCGCAGGUUCCUGCACCCCCUCCGCCGGUUGGGCGACCAAAAUCGUCCGACUCGACGGAUUUAUAACAGUGUGAGCUAUUGAUUUAAUCGUCAGAGAAGGAAGUAUUUAUGAAGACUAGGCAGGAAAAACUAGAUGCUGAACAAGGGACGUGCCUGGGGUGUGGGGAAGGCAAAGUGCUGUGGUCGUUUCUGGAAUGUCAGUUCGGAACUUAUGAAACAUGCAUUAGAGUAGACCCGUGUGCAGUCUAUUCUUAUUAAAUUCUUGUGCAUUUAUUCUGCAAAAAAUUAACAUACUAUUUUUAGAACAGUAGCCUAUACACAAUUUUCGAUCACUUGUGAAGACGAGUUCAACUAUUAUUUCAUAUUACUACAUAAUGUUCAUCAUUUAACAGAAAACGCAUUUCCAAUCUCAAAAGGUAAAGCAAAUGCUAUUUUUGUCUCGACCUUCUAAGAUUUUAAUGGAACUGCCGAUACAUAAAAUUAUACUGAGAUUUCUCCAUAACAACUCUGAAAAUGACGUAUUAUUAUCUAACUUUGAAAAAUAUAUGCCAUAAAAAAACAUUAAUCAAUGAUUAAUGACGUUAAAUUAUAGUUGGUCGUAAUUGAAAGUUUCUAAAGAAAAAAAUAAUUUGAAAAAAAUAUUGACAAUUCCAAAAUGCAAAUUAAUCCAAACAUCACUGUUAUUUUGUAUUUCUUUUUAUUAAAAGAAAUAUUAAAAUGUAUCUUUGCUUCUAAAAAGAUUUUAAAAAUAAAUGAUGAACGUUUGAUCAGAUUUAUUUAUAGAAUCAAUCAGUGUGGAACGGUAUGUUACUUUAUUCAAUACUAUCUUUUUCUUUUUAUUUUUUUAAGAAAACAGUUCAAACAAACCGCACUGUGUUCUUAUGCAUUUGACGUACUAGCUGUAAAUUCCACUUAUUGGCAUUUAAUUUUCCAAAGGACGGAAACCAAUUUCGAAUGUCCUUUCAAGCAUCAAAAAUAUCCUGUGGGCAGUUUGACGGGUCAAUCGCUAAAUCAUAGCCAACCAUUUUCGAAGCCUUGUAAAAAAAUAACGCUACUCAACCGGCAUCCAGAGGCGACCACAUGACGCAGGCUGCACCUUUUUCACACCACAAACCGUUCGUAACUCGCAUCACGCUUGAAACAAGUCAAAUAGGUUUUAAUUAAUUUUUAUUUUUUUAGCGUACUUCUGAAACCGCCGCGAUACUUUCAAUUUUGCUUUUAUUCGGUCAGUACCAGGAGUGAUCCGAUUGAGCUGACAUAGAACCCGCAUACAUUCUGAAUGAACUGUAUUUGAACACAAAGUUAUUUUACGUUCUAUUUAAAUAAGAAAACGUACAGUUUGCUCACGGGGCAACUGUGACAAAAAUGGAAUUGUUUUGUAGCCAAUACAUACUGUUGUAAGAGUUCGACACGAGAAGAACUGAUUUCGACUGGAGUGUAGGUUUGUUCGUGCUUGAGUAAAAGGUCUAGGGCGCAUCAUUCGGUAUGUUUUCCAUGACAAUUGCGAAGAAAGUGCUCAAAACAGAUAACAGAAUGCCAUUCACAUCCCUCACUUGUUCUUUCAAUGUUUGUUAGGAUUUAAAUUUAAAAACAAAUAUCAGUGUUACCUCGUCGUUGAUUCUUCCCUUUUCAAUACUUACAAAUCAUUGCAAAAGUUUGUCACUAAGCGACUACUUGGCUGCUUCGGAAAAGUUUUUUGAGCCCAAAGAUGAAUCCGCACAAAAUCAAAUGUCACUCAGACAAAUUGAUUAGUAAAUUAGGUAAUUGAUGCUUUGCAAACAAACUUACUAUUAAAUAUAAACCAUUGCUUAUGUCAUGCUCUUGCGGUGCUAAUCAACAUUUUAUCAAAACCAUCUUUCACUUAGCGCCAAGUGGUUGAUUAUGCAAUCCAUCUAGCUAAUCAAUAAUCAAUCAAUCACAUUUUAAGUACAACUAUUAUAUUUUAAUCAUUAAAACAACGCAUAUUCAACAUUGUAAGUAUACAGUUUGCUUUUGCCUUGCUCCAAAACGUUUUACACUAAACAUGAUUUAGGCCGUUGCCCUGCGAACGCUGUUUUUUGUAGAUAAUCAAAACCAUCAAUUUAAACUACACCCAAACCCAAAGGUUACGCUAAUUAAACAAAAUCUAAUGACGAUCUCAUAUCAAAAGCGCAAUCAUUAUAUUACAAUCGGCCGUUGUGUUGGACACUCGCGUCGGCUGGACAACACGUACGCAGCGCGUCUACACAUACGCUUCUGGAAUAUGGGUACGUGCACACGAGGUGCAAGCACAGAUGCAUUUAUUAUAUUUUUUGAUCAUAAAUUUUAAUUACUAUCGCGGUAACGGGCAAGAAAAUUAGCACAUUUUGCUAAAAGCAUCGCUACGGCAAUCAGCGAAAGUUAAGCGCCACCGACACGGACGUUACUCCAAAUUUGCCCCGAUAGGAUGUGCCUCAUGUGUGGUGGAAGUUGUGUUAUCCAAUUUCGAGAAUCGUGAUAACUGUAGCGAGCAGUUUUAUUAUAUGAAAAAGUGUGAAAUGGAAUUCACAAUGACAUUGUAAUUGCUUAAAAAGCAGGAAAAGUAAAAAGUUUUGAGUGCUGCUGAAAGCUAUGCUAACAGAGACACCCUACACUGCACUGUAUGUAUACCGCAUCCUGUCAAGCGACUUCCCACUCGCGAUAAAUCUUCCAUAGACGCGCGUUGCCUGAUUAUCUUGCUAAAACGAAAUAACUACUGCUGUUGUUAAAACUAGCCGUUCGAGGGAAAUUUCCACGAAAGUUGGAACAAUAUUUCUAUAUAAUAUAUAAUAUAUAAUAUGUCAAUAUAAUUGGAUUAUUUUGUGUAGCAAAACGGUCCGAACAUCACGACGCAACGACAUCCGUUUAGUGCUAGCUUUGCGCCAUGAUUAAUUUCUCCCAGCUUCAUCGCGAUGAUGCCACUAGUGCAAUAUUUUACAUUUUUAAUCAUCACUUUGCAUAGAUAUUAAAGUACGGUCUGCGGAGCGGGCAGGUGCGUAAAACGCGGCAAAUAUAAUAAUUCAUCAUCAGAAUUUUAAUUGCUUCAAAUGUGCGGAAAUGCGCUGGGAAAACUGUGCUAAACCCAAAUGGCAAACGUAACAGUUCGUCGACUUUCUAUUAAAUGCAAUCACACACAUACACACAGCAGUUGGUCCCGUUCGUCAGGUGUGCAAAUAAUAGACGUUGUAUUUAUACAGUUUACGAGAGCAAUCAGCGAAUAUAGAAAGUGGUACCAUGAAAUGUAACAGGUCAAUGAGUGCAACUAUCGCUAUUGCAAAUAUUAUUUUAUGUAUAGGUAAUUUCGUUCGAAAGUACAUAAAUCAAAAUCAGAAGCAUGGAAAAGCAACAAACAAAGCUACCGGCAGUGAUGCGAAAGAGAAUGCAAAAACAGUAUGUAACAUUUUAUAAUUACGGUAAUUAAACAUGUUGAUUUUUAUUAUGAUCCCAUAUUAAUCAAAAAGUCAAA